AUGGCUGCAAUCAGCGUAGCCAACAUGGACUCUAUACUCGUUGGCAACCAUUGCUUUGCGGGUAUCGAUGAAGAAUCUUCGAAGUUGAUCAUCCAGCUUCAGCUUGCAGAUAUCGAGCGCUCGUCUUCAAAGGGGAAAGGUCGCGCCGACGAUGUGUCCGAUGUCUCAAUCGCAUUUAAGCUCCAGAAAAAGGAGUUGGAAAAUGACGCGUUGUUUCUAUCGGAUCAACAGAUGACAAGAAGCAUUGCAUUGGCCGUACAAUCUGACGGGGAAAUUGUGACUGAAGCCGUAUCACGCGACAACGUUUCUGCAAGAGAUCACACAAUGGCUAUUCAAUUAUACCAAGGUCCUGGUACAACAAAUACCACACCAGAAUCCGCUGUCAUUGCUCAAUCUGAUAUACAAAUCAUAGAUGAAGAGGUCUUGGAAAAACUUCAAAUCUUGUAUGUCUCUGGCCGCAAUACGAAAAAUGACGAUACAGUUGAGCUGAACGAUAGAGGUUGUGGCCCGGUAGCUGGUUCACUUCCAGAAUCGUCUAGUUGGGCAUCCACUCGGCCUGCACCCCCUAAAACCGCAACAACAACAACAUGUGUUGUCUGUCAGGAUAAGAUUAAGUUCUGCAAUGCGGCUCGAGUACCCGGUUCCUGCCGUUACGAAUACUGUCGCGCCUGUCUUGAGCAUCUUUUCCUUUUAUCAAUGAGCAAUGAAUCACUCUUUCCACCCCAUUGCUGCAGCAAACCUAUCACCAUCGCCAGCGUGCACCUUUUUCUUACAAGUGAUAUUGUAUACGCUUUCGAACAAAAGAGAAUCGAGUUUGAAACGCUGAAUAGAAUUUACUGCUGCUCUAAGCGUUGCUCAGCUUUCAUCUAUCCAUCAAGGAUUAUCAAUAGCGUCACCACUUAUGGAAAAUGUGGUACACGAACUCAUACAUUGUGUAAGAUGGAGGCACAUCUCGGAGAUUGUUCAAAUGAUACCGUUUUGCAAGGGGUUCUGGAUAUUGCCAGAGAGAAAGGCUGGUGUAAAUGCGGAGCCGCAUUCUGUUAUACUUGUGGACAGAAGUGGAAAACCUGCAGAUGUGAAAGAUGGCAGGAAGAUAAUUUGGUAGCUCGCGCGACUGAAAUUGCAAAUCGCAGACCAGAGUAUCAACUGCUCGACCGCCCCUAUCAAGUUAUCGGACAAUCAUCUGCGACCGACGCUCAAAUUGCAGUAGCGGCCCAAACUCUUCGAGAGAACCAUGCGUUGCAAUUGGGAUCACGGAUUAAGAAUUAG